UGAAACAUAUAUAAAAGCCAUGAUACUAUAUCCUACACGCUACGCUUUCUUUCACCUAUAAAUGCACAACACAUUAAACUAAAAGCAACACUUGCUCAAAAUCACUUUCCUCUAAAAUUCAUUUUUUUUAGUUAAGCAUUCUAUACAUCAACAUGGCAUCUUCUUCAUCAGAUUGCAAGCAAUUAGAGGAAGGAUUUGUUGGUGGUGUUGAGGAUAAGAAACAUAAUCCAGUUCAUGAAAAUUUUCUUCAGAAACAUGCUGCUUUCUUUGAUGUCAAUAAAGAUGGUCUUAUUUAUCCAUGGGAAACUUUCCGAGCGAUGCGUGAAAUCGGGAGUGGAGUGUUGUUAUCAACUGCAGCUGCUGUUUUCAUCAAUAUUUCCCUCAGUCAGACUACUCGUCCGGGAAAGUUUCCAUCUCCACUUUUUCCAAUUGAAGUUAAGAAUAUCAAACUAGGCAAACAUGGCAGUGACAGUGGAGCUUAUGACAGUGAAGGAAGGUUUGUUGAAUCAAAAUUUGAAGAAAUUUUCAUGAAACAUGCACAUACUCAUCCAAAUGCUUUAACACAUGAUGAGCUCGACGAGUUGAUAAAGGCAAAUAGAGAACCUAAAGAUAUCAAAGGAAGGAUUGGUGGCUUUGUUGAAUGGAAAAUUCUUUACAAACUUGCGAAAGACAAGAAUGGUUUACUUCCCAAAGAAACAAUUCGUGGUGUUUAUGAUGGAAGCUUGUUUGAAGUGCUCAAAAAGGAACAUGCAAAAAGAAAAAGUUCUUCCUAAUAUUAUGAGUCAUAAUAUGUUAAUUUAUCUGUAUAGACAAAUAUACAAAAGUUUGUUUAUACAAUUGAUGCUCCGUAUAUAAUUUACAAAGUAUGUCAAUUUGUUUUGGUUUCAUCCUUCAUUUAUUUGUGUUAAGUAAUGUAUCUGCAUGACAAUUUAUAUAUAUGUUCCCGAGUGAUUUUGUA